AAAAUAAAUCAUCAUCGAUCAGAAGGUUUGGACCGACCGACCGACCAUGGAAAAUAAUUCUAAAUCAGCGCCGAUAGAAAAAACGGGUUCACCAAAAAUAAAAGGGUUGCAGAGGGAGGCCAAGUUUAAAUUGCGUUGUCGGGGCGGUGAGAUUGUGCGUGUGGAUGUGAGAUGUAUCUAUGAAUCUGAAGAACUCUAUGACCUUUUGGAAGAUAUAGAUGAAACGAGAAAGGAGGAUGAUCCAGAUCCACGGUUUGAUGUGGAUCCACGAGAUAUAGGCUAUAGUCCACGAGAUAUUCAAAGCCCAAAGCACAUCGUUUCAAUGGUAGAAAGUUUUUGUCUUGGACGUUGCAACAUCAUGGAAACCUAUGGCCAUCAACAUGUGGAUCUCUUCUCAAAAAAGUUGGGGGAAUUCAACUCCGAAUUCGUCCGUGAUAAGCCGCUAUCCAUUCUUGCUCUACUUCUCAGUGCUGCUAUCCAAUUGAAGAUCAAAAGCCUCAUGAACUUGGUGCGUGAUGCUAUUGUUGACAUGCAUGGUGGGAAGUUUGCUAAUGGGUUUUCCAAUUUCUUCAACAUGCCUUAUUAUAUUAAGAUGUCCAAAGUCAGAUUUUACGUUUAUGACGAUUGGGCUAUGGAUGGAAUCGGUGAAAUUCCUUUUGAGCCGGAUAAGAUGCCGAAAAGAAAACGCAAAAAGCAAAAACCAGAAACACAAAAUGUGCCAAAAAGCAACCAAAUAGCUGCCACAAAGCAAAUUCAAAAAACAAAAGUCAAAAAACACAGAAGAGUUAAUUGCAAAGUUGGUCCGUGUGGUUUACACACUUUAGCAAUGAGGAUCCCUUUUUAAGUAUCGUUGCAAUGGGGUUUCUGUUUUGAGAAUUUUUUGCAAGAUUGGUCCCUUUCUAACAGAACCGUUAGCGAAUGUCGUCAAGUUUUAAUAGAAGGGACCAUCAUUGCUAGUAAACUCAGAAAGGACCUCCAUUGCUUAAAUGGAAAAACCAUAGGGACCAAUCUUCCAAUUAACAAUUUGAUAUCUUUUUUGAUUUAACUCAAGAGACUCAAGAGAUUGUAACAUACAAUUGUCAGUGUGUCAGAUCCUUAAUUGAUAAACUUUUGUAUACUCAAAAUUUUAAUAAUGGAGAUGUACCUUGUAUAA